AUGACUUCAAAGCAGCCCGUUUGGGUCCCAAGUGACAUUGACUCGACCAACAUUGUCAAAUUUUUGAAGCAUGUCAACAAGAAGCACAGCUUGGAUCUGAAGACAUACGACGACCUAUGGAGAUGGUCAGUGCAUUCAGACAGUCUAGCGGAGUUUUGGAGUGAAGUGUGUGCAUUCCUUCGGAUUUUGCCAGACUCACUGCCUCUAUACCCCCCACCCAGAUUCUUCCCUUCGGCCACCUUCAACCUUGCCCAAUUCAUCCUCGCUAAUCACGACCACGGGCAAACCGCGAUUCAUUUCGUCAGGGAAGGGGUGCCAGGUGUUGAAGAGAUUAAGUGGGGAGCCCUGGAGGAACGCACAAGGGAAGCGUACGAUGCCUUAGUUGGCUACGGGAUCAAAGCAGGUGACAAAGUGGCGGUUGUCAUGUCCAACUCUGUCAACGCAAUCGUCCUCUGUCUCGCUGUACUUGCAAUCGGAGCUGUUUGGUCAUCAGCAUCGCCAGAUAUAGGGUCUAAGGCAAUAAUUGACCGCUAUGGGCAGAUCGAACCUAAAGUCAUAUUCGCCGAUGACGCAUAUAUGUACGCCGGCAAAAGAAUCCUCCUUGAAGACCGGAUUGCGACCAUCUCACAGACGCUAUGCAACAACGACAAGCAGCUAAGGAAUGUGGUGGUCGUACCUUACUGUGGAACUGGAACGCCUAAAUGCAUCGUACAUUCUGCCGGUGGUGUGGCACUCAAGGUCAGCACCGAUACACGGCUACAGCAUGAUAUGAGGCCAGGAGAUGUGUUCUUCCAAUAUACCACAACGGCGUGGGUGAUGUGGAUCCUUAACUUCGUCAAUCUUUCUUCUGGGGCAACAAUGUUCCUCUACGAUGGCUCACCAUUCUACCCUGAACCAGCCGUCUUGCUGGACCUUGCAGCUAGGCUAAGGGUCACCGUCUUUGGUACUUCACCCCGAUAUCUCUCCGAACUACGGUCGAGGAACAUUGUACCGCGCAAGCAAUACAGCCUUGAGAAGCUGCGAAUAGUAACGUCUACUGGCUCUGUUCUCUCAGAGGAUUUGUACAAGUGGUUCUAUCGCUAUGCCUUUCCCCAGAAGACGCAGCUCAUAUCUAUGAGCGGUGGUACAGACAUCGCUGGAAGCUUUGUCGGGGAUGCCCGAUUCUUCCUGUGUAUCCUGACCGAGCCUGUAUCCAUUGAGCUCUCCGAAGAAGCUGGGGAGCUCGUUUGCACACAGCCAUUCCCGAGCCAGCCGCUUGCUUUCUAUGGCCCCGGUGGAGACGAAAAAUACCGGGCAUCAUAUUUUUCGCGGUUUGGAGAUCAUGUAUGGUCUCAGGGGGACUUCAUAAGGCUUCUCCCAGAUACAAAGGGCCUCUUGAUCAUCGGACGAUCAGAUGGUGUCCUAAAUCCAUCCGGUGUGAGAUUUGGUUCCGCGGAAAUAUAUCAAGUUGUCGAAACUAUACCCGAAAUUUUAGACUCCAUAUGCGUCGGACAGAGGCGCUCCUUCGAUGGCGAUGAGAGAGUGCUGCUAUUUGUAAUGAUGAAGGUGCCGCAUACACUGGAUGCACGACUUGUUGCUUCAAUCAAGGCUGCCAUUAAGGACAGGUACUCUCCUCGCCAUGUUCCCGCACGAAUUUUCCAAGUUCAAGAGAUUCCAUACACGGUCAACGGGAAGAAGUGCGAGAUAAAUGUCAAACAGAUUGUGAGUGGCAUGAACACCAAGGUCAGUGGAACUGUUGCAAACCCGGAGAGCUUGAAGUUAUACGAACAAUACUUUCAUCUGCCAAAUGCAGGAGCAGCUAAACUAUGA